AUUUGCAUUUCAACAGAAACAAUGACGAAGUUCCAGGUUCACUCUCCUGGCAAAGUGAUUCUACAUGGAGAGCAUGCUGUUGUUUAUCAAAAGCCCGCAUUGGCUGCAGUCGUGGGCCUGGGCACCAAGCUCCAACUGCGCACGCAGGCGGGCAGCCAGGUGGCAAGUUUUCAGCUGGAGGCUCUCAACUGCACAGUAGAAAUAGAAUUGAGUGAAUUCAAUGCCUUUCUGGGUAAAUUUCGCACCAAAUAUCCUGGCGACAAGCUGGAGAACACCGCUAAGCUAUUGGAAGAGGUGCGCGCUGAGGUGGCCAAGCAGCUGGAACGUAGCGUGGGCAGCACUCCCAAACAGCACACACAACGCGCUUUCGUUUCAAUAUACUACCUUCUGGCAGGCGCUGUGCUCACGUCACCCAAUCAACCCACGCUAACACUUUCAACUGGUUUCCAGGUGCAAGUGGAUUCAGAGCUUAACGUGGGUGCCGGUCUGGGUAGCUCUGCAUCCUAUGGCGCUGCCUUGGCAACUGCUUUUCUGAUUUUGGCUGGUCAUUUCGACGAAACAAGCUAUUUGCAAGACAGGAAUUUAGCCUUGAUUUCGCACUGGGCAUUCGAAUCAGAGCGCGUUAAUCACGGUUCGCCCUCCGGUGUGGAUAACACAGUGUGCACCUAUGGAGGAAUUCUUCGCUUCGUCAAAGGCCAAGGCUUUCAAUCGCUGCGCAUACAGAAACCGCUUAACAUUUUACUGGUGGAUAGCCGGGUGAGCCGCAGCACCGCUGAUAUUGUCGCGAAGGUGCGUCACUUGGCCGAAGAGUUCCCGCUGUUAAUCGAAGCCAUUUGGCAGGCUUGUGACCAGCUUGUGAAUUCCGCGGUGCCUCUGUACGAAAGCUUUGGAAAUGCUCAGGACGACAGCCAAAAGUUCGAGAAACUGGAACGUCUCUUUCAAAUAAACAACGAUCUGUUAAAAGCAAUUGGCGUCACACAUCCGAAACUAGAGCAAAUUUUUACGAUUGCCUUCAAGCGUGGGUUCUUCUCCAAGUUGACGGGCGCCGGUGCUGGUGGCUAUGCUAUUAUUUUGCUGCCCGAGAAAUACGAAGCCAACGAAGUGUACUGGAAACUGAAGGAGGAGUUAGAAGCAGCUGGCUUUGGUGUUCAUGUCACUACAGCUGGUGGCGAUGGCUUGCGAGUGAGCUCCCUGGAAGAUUGAUAGCGCCUUCACUUAAAACUGUAUUUUAUUCUAGAUGUAUGUGUUUGAGGUUUUGUUAUUACUUAAAAUAAACUACAUAUUUUAUACGCCAAA